AAGACCAAUUGAAGUAAAAAAAAAAUGGACUUGAAAGAAAAUUGUACUUAUGUCAUGCACAAUUUUAAAGUGAUAAAAAACAAUGGUCAGUAUAGAGUGUGUGAUCAUCAAUUUAAAUUGGUGUUUAUUGGGGUUACUGUUGUGAGGGAGUGUGUUCUAGGGGACAUCCCUUUUAGAAAAUACAGGUUUGCUGGAUUUGCAGAUGUUGUGGCUGGCCAGUUUGAACGUGGACUAUUUGUUGAUGUUAUUGGUGUUGUGGAGGAGGUUGUCUUUCGGCAAGUUUCAGGAAAAGGUAGAAGGGUAGUCUUCAAAUUAAAGGACUUGAGCCAGCAAUUUCUAUCUUGCACUUGGUGGAAUGAUUAUUGCUUGCAGUUUUUGAAGUUCUUAGAUGAUUAUGAAGGUGAUGGCCCAAUUAUAGUUCUAUUAAGCCAUUGUACGAUCAAGGAAGCGCAGGGAUCUUAUCCCGCAUCGAUCAACAAUUCUUUCAAGGCUUCAAAGUUAAUUAUUAACCAGCCUGUGAUGGAGAUUCAAGAAUUCAAUGAACGGCUUGCAGAGUUGGGCAUUGAGGCCCAGUCAGGUUUUAAAUCCCAUGGUGAAGGGAGUACACAACUUUUAGGUUCUAUCCAAUUAUCAUCAAAAGAAUCAUUCUUUGGCAAGGCUGAGGCAAAGACUAUUGUUGACAUUAACACCAUCUCUGAAAAAUUGUUUGUCACUGUUGGCACAAUUACUAGGAUUGUUCUGGACAAUCAUUCAUGGUGUUAUACAACUUGCAUUCAGUGCCAUAAAAAAAGGGAUGCAGAGAUGGCGCCCUUUAGAUGUGCAUGCAGCAAAUACAAUAAGGAAGUUGUGCUUAGGUAUAGGCUUGAGGUGAUGAUCAACCAAGGAAAUGAAAGCACAAAAUUCCUGCUUUGGGACCGUGAAUGCAGUGAAUUAAUUGGCCAAUCAGCUGAUGCAGUUAAUAAGCUUAAAAUUGAAGAUGGUGAUGUUGAUUUGAAUGCUUCACCCCAAGCACUUGAUAAGCUGUUGGGUCAUGAACUUGCUUUCAAGAUAAAGGUGCAACCCAAGUUCAGGAAUUCUGCUGUUUUGAAGUGUUCAGCUGACUCGAGCAUGAUAAAUGCUGUGAUGGAUAUGCUAGCUGAUGCUGAGACAUCUUCAAAAAUGGAUAUCCCGGUUUCUGAUUUCAAUCAUUCUGCUCAACAUGAAUCUCAAUCCCUCUCUGUGACAGCAGAUCAUGAUUCCAUGCUUGGACUUGCCUUGACGCCUACCAAGCGGCAGACAUUUCAGGAUUGUGAUGAUGAAGCAGGGACCUCUCAAAUUUAACCUGCGCAGCUUUCAUCCAACAAAUUAAAGAAACAUGCCGGAAUUUAGUGCAUUUGGUUGUUUCCAAGUUAUGUUGAACAAUUUUUUCCCCUUGUAUUUGUAUAUUGUACAUUGGCUCCCAGCUUAUUUCUGUUGUGGUGGUGUUGCUUUUGAACCAUGAUCAAAACUUUUGUUUAAAUUUUAAUCUUAUUUUGUAUGCGAGUAUCUUGACAUUUUAGUUCUGUGGCU